AUGUCAGGCUCACCUACAGAUUAUGUACAGGUAGAGAGUCUAGAGGCAAAAUUAGUUGAAAUUUACAAAGAACAGGUUGAUCAAUUGGCAAAUACCAGGAAAGCUAAUUUAGAAGAAUUGAAAGAAUACAUGAGACAGGUUCUGACAGAAAUUGCAAAUGAUUUCAAUGAAAAACUAGAUACUGGAAUGAAUGAAAUGAGACUGCAAAACACUAAACUCUCCUCUGAAUUACAGGACAAAUUAGAUCAGUUAAAUGCCGAAAUUGAUGACCCAUUCGAUUCAAGUAUAGACCCUGAUUUGAUGAAACAAUUGGAAUUACUAGAACAAUCAUCCGCUGAUACAGGUAGUACACGAGAAUUGAUUUUUGAAAUAUCAAAGAUAAUAGCCCAACAAACACAACUUAUUUUGCUCCCACAUUUGACAGAGCUGCUGUUCUUUGUUUUGGCAUACUUUAUGGUUUCAGACUUUCCUGAAUUAGUCAAAUGGGUUUUACUUUUCUUCAGUUUAUUAAUAAUGUUAAUCAGUACCAUUCGGUACAAUUCCUGA